AUGGCGCUAAUCAUUUCUUGUGUAUGCCAUUUUGCACUGAUAAUAUUGAUAUUGUUAGCUGCCAUGUGCAAUUGCUAUGACGCCUUGGAUCCAAACGGAAACAUAACAGUUACCUUCGACAUACUUCAAUGGACAAGUGAUGGCUAUGUGGCAAGGGUAACCAUCCAAAACAAUUAUCAAUACCGUCAUGUGGACAAACCUGGUUGGGAGCUAGGAUGGACAUGGGCUAAAAACGAGGUCAUCUGGUCAAUGGCUGGUGCAAUUGCCACCCAACAAGGGAAUUGUUCAUCCUUCAAGUCCCAAAUUCCACACACCUGCAGGAGAGACCCUCUUGUAGUUGAUCUCAUGCCUGAUGCUGCACCAGAAAACAAGUCAGGCGGGUGCUGCCAUGGUGGCCUUAUUGGUGCCUAUGCUAUCAACCCAUUGAAGUCUUUCUCGUUCUUUGAGAUUACCGUUGGCAAUUUGGAAAGUAAUACUCCUGGGUACAAGCCUCUAAAUCUUACUUUAAUGGCUCCAGGACCCGGUUACACUUGUGGCCUAUUGGUGGACACUAACCCCACAGUUUGGUCAGUUAUUGGGGGUAGAAGAGAAGAACAGACAUUCAGGACGUGGAAAUCAACAUGCACAUACUCUAGUUACUUGGCUAACAGGACACCAGUUUGUUGUGUUUCGCUCUCAACAUUUUACAAUCCUACCAUUACAUCAUGCCCUGAGUGCAGCUGUGGAUGCAAAAGAGCAGAACAAAAUACAACAUCAUGCAUUAGAGAAGAUUAUAUCUCAACACAGUCGGGUUUUCUCAGUAAUCCUGACAUAGUGAAGUGUACAAAUCAUAUGUGCCCACUUCAAGUUCACUGGCACUUUAAGAACAAUUACAGGGAUCACUGGCGGGUUAAAUUGACCAUCUCUAACUAUAAUUACAAGAGGAACUACUCAGACUGGAAUGUGUUGGUUCAGCAUCCAGGUUUUAGCCAGUCCGUGACAACUUUUAGCUUCAACAGUACAAUGCUUCCCACUGUUGGAAUCACAGAUGAAGUUGCCCUCUUUUGGGGAAUAGAAUACUACAACCGUGAGCUGUCGAAUGCCAAUGAGAGGCAACUGGGUUCGGUCACAACGGAGAUACUUCUAAAAAAGGACUCGAAAUCGUUCACUUUGAGCAACGGAUGGGCAUUUCCCAGAAGAAUUUAUUUCAACGGGGAGAGCUGUCAGAUGCCACUUCCAGACACCUUCCCAAUGCUACCAAAUGGUAGCUCCAAUCGAAAAACCGUUCAUCGCUACUUCAUUCUUCCUUUUCUGAUCUACUUGACUUUCAAAACAUUAGUUGUUUGGCUUUGA